CUCGUCCCGCCGGAGUCGCGGCGUGCGCUUCGCUCGCCCGCCCCGGGCGUCAGUCGGUUCCGAGUGGGCCGCCCGGGAAGGUUGCUCCGUCCGCUCCGCAGUGCGCUCACGCCCCGAAGGAUACGCGCUCCCUUGGGAUGAUGCAGACACGCGCCUCGUGCUCCUCCGCUCGUAGGGCUCCUCUGGCCGAGAGCUUCGGAUUGCGAAUCUUCAGUCUGCUUUUUCUCCUCUUGUGUUCAACGCUACAGCCAGCGCUUGGCGAUGACUCAGACUUAGUCCCUGAACUCUGCGAUCUCAGGGACCAGCCAAUGUAUUGCAAGUGCGAGAACAAAUACAUCGGAAAGGACGACGUCGAAAUCAUCUGCUUUGUUGUGAGAAAUCUCACAGAAGACCACGUUGUGUUUAAAGCCUUCCAGAACCAGCCAUCGAUCGUAUCGAUUACCUUCAGCACAUUCCGCAGUGAUUACCAUCUCCACUUUGUUCCGACAGAAGCACUGCGUUCCGCGGCGCCUUCCCUUGAGAGCCUUAAGUUCACUCAAGCCAACCUUGGCUCGCUUAAGACUCACUCCUUCUACAACCUGCCUAAACUAAAGACGCUAUCUCUCGAUUCAAACGACAUCACCGACUUGGGAAAUGAGUCCAUUGCCGACUUGCCUCACCUCACAAAACUGGAGAUGGGCGACAACAAGCUCGUCAAGCUCCCUGCUCACGCCCUCUCGCGUCUGUCGGCACUGACGCACCUAUUCCUAGAGCGUAACCAGAUAAAGAGCAUCGAAGACACCGCCUUCGCUGACUUGGGUGCGCUGAAAGAACUGGACCUGAGUGACAACAUGAUCGUAACUCUGACGGAGGGCACAUUCAAGGGCCUCGACCAUCUGGAGCGGCUGGACAUGUUCCGGAACAAGCUGCAGAGGUUGGACGCCCGGGUCUUCCGCGGGGCGCCGGCGCUCGUGGAACUGGACCUCAAAUACAACGAGGUUUCGGAGGUGGACCCGCUGGCCUUCGAGGGGUUGCCGCGUCUAAAGAAGUUCUACUUCUCUCACAACCGGCUGCGGAUUUUACCGGCGAACAUGUUCUUAGGGGCGCCGAACCUGCUUACCGUGGACCUGUCGCAGAACCAGCUGCUCACGCUUACCUGGAGGACUGUCCAGGACUUGAGGAAGAUUGACGCCGAGUCCUUCGACAUGAGCCUCACUGGCAACAAGUUCAGCUGCGACUGCAGGAUCUCCUGGAUCGCGCAUCUGGCCAACGCCACCAGGAACGACAACUUCCGGCGCGAGCUGCGGCACAUCAAGUGCGACUUCGCAGCGGCCGACGGUGCGACGGGUACCAGCAGCAAGGUGGCCCGCCUUAGCGCCAAGGAGCUCAAUUGCCCCAAAGACCACGAGAAGCCCAAGUUCGAGAAUUCCCACCCCGAAGCUGAAGUCGACAGCACGACAAUGACCACCGUCGCUUCGCCGCACGAGGGCGACAUCCUCGAACACCGGGACGACAGGAACCAGAUCGAAGAGGAGGAUUCCGAAGAGGCGCUGGCCUCGGAGGCGCGGGGCGACGCGACCGCGACGACGCAGACAAUGAAGAACGAGAUUGACAUGAUGCUGAGUCAGCGGAAGGUGAUGCAGAAGGAGGCCGCCCACUCCCGAAAGGACAACGGAAACUCCGGCGCCUCGCUGGUCGGCUGGAGCAUCACGCUGCAGCUUUUCUUCGCCGUGGCGACGAGCGGGAUGACCGCCGCAGGGAUUUUGGUCCGGCAUAGCUGAUCUUAUCAAACCAAGAUUAUGCCUGUUUUUUUCACUUAAAAAAAUGCGCGUGACGAAUAAUGAGACCUAUGAGAAAGCAGAGUGUGUGCGAAAAACCAUCGGUACGCAGUCAAACCUCUAACACUUCAGUCAAUGUAAAUUCUUGCACAGGGCCAGAGGUUUUCGCUCGUGGUUACCUUGAUAGGAAUGUGCUGUAUACUUACAACACAAUAAUUAUAUCGAAGAUCGCACCAAUGGGGAUUCCGAAUAUUUAUUUCCUAAAUGUAUAAAUAUUCGCACGUCAAGAUACGAUGCUGCGAAAAUCACUUUACCUAGCGGCGAUGUCGGUGAAGUCUUGAGGAUCAUUUAUACUUUUAUUAAAUAUGCUGUGAGCUAUCAGAAGUUUUUCGGUGAAUGGUUAUUCGGGAGGCGGUCCAUAUAAUAUUCACUGGACUUCUUUUAAUCCAUUUUUAUAACGGAAAAAGUAAUCAAUACAAUGUAUUGAUUGCUUGCAAUAUCAAAAUGAUAUUAAAUUAAUUUAGGGCAACAAAUACAAAUGAAACAUUUAGACGUUAGAUGUUUUGACAAUGUGAGGUCGGUCCUCGAGAAUAUGGCGACAGUGGUUCUUGUCAUAGAUAAGAGCGUGGGCUCAAACUGCUAGCUUCGGUUCUUUAACCUGCCUUCCGCAGUAGGGAUAUUCGGCCACACGCUGGUAGCAGGUAGCGGUGCUGACUAAUGUCAGAAUUUGUCUAUUUCGCUGCGAUAACUUUAGCUUUACGUGGUCUAAACUGCGGUUUGAAACGAAAAAAAAAUGGGAGGUCUCCGAGAGGGAGUAACUAUCGGAGCGCGGUACCGCUCGCCCUUUACAUUCGCUAGUCAAUAGGGAGUUUUAGGGAACCGUAUUUGCAUAUCCGAUACGGUACGAUGGGACCUCAGGUGUACAAACUGCGCGUGAGCUACCCCAGAAGGUUCGAAUAUGCUCAGUUCGUACUGGAGGGCUCAUCGAACCGUAUGGGGAGUGCAAAAACGUUUCCCUAAAACUUUGUAAUAGACUAGAAGUGAACCGUAGUCGUAGCUGGUAUAGUCACUGACAAGAAGUGUGGCCUUUAUGUGCUUUUUGUCCCGUCAUUCGAUCUUUAGAAUCCUUCUCGUCGGAUGCAGCAAUCUUGUUGGCUGAGAAAUAGUAGUGUGAUGCAUGCAAUUUUCCACGCCCUGCAUUAUUUAAGCUCUCAAUGACAAUAGGGAAAAUGUGAAAGAAAAAAAGCUCUGUAUGAAGGUAGCAACUGUCGUUUCACUCACAGACUGCUCCGAAACAGAUAAGUGGCAUAACGAAACGCGAGCUGUCACUCCACGUUCCCAUGAGGUUCCUUUUCGGCUUCACAGAGAGAGAGUGCCGAAUGAUUAGUGUUUUCUGUGAAUCACGACGCAGCAUACAUGCAAUAACUUUCGAAUGUGUAGAAAUACUCCCACAGCGAUUAAGGUGCGAGAUGAUUUGCUGCAAGCCUACUUGAGAUUUUUGUUUCUCUCUCUGGAGCCAAAGCUAUUUGCCUGAGCAAAUGGCUAGUGGUUGGUUCUUAAUGUGGCAGGUACUCGGCCAGUGAGAUCACCUCAAAUAAAUAAACUAUCCCGCUCGCAGGAAGCGUUCCCGUGAGCUAAAACGGAUGUCACAUCAGUCUGUUAACCUCGGAUGAUUUGUUCUCGAAAUCGCGUUUUUUUUUUCUCUCACUCGUGUCUCUCAUUUUAUUUUCGGGUCCAGUGAACAGAAUUGGUAUCUGUGCACCCAAUACCUUGAUGCAUGGAGAAUUACUUGACGUUAAAGGGAAACAGUGAUAUUUGUUUUGGAUGGUUUAGAAUCUUGCGAAAGGCUAAGUUUUUUAGGCUAGUUUGAAACGCGGAUUGGAUUUACUCAUCGUGCUUGUUUUUGCGCGAAUAAGAAAAAAAAUACUUGUAUUUUAUAGAAAGUCCUGUGCAUAACUAACAUAAGUAUUUAUUGACACCUCCGAAGUACGUUGUACGAAGAAAGCUUUUAACUAUAAAAAAGAACGUUUUCUAAAGAGCCUUUAUAAAUACAGUAUCUAAAGCACAUAGAACGCGGCCGAGUCCAACUUAACAACUAAUGCUUUAAGCCACUGCAUUUUGAGGUGAUUAUUCCUUAUGUAACUGUCUCAGACUCUUCAUAUGUUAAAACUGAGAUUUUUAACACGAAUGCAAACACAUAUAAUUCUGUUAAACAAUACAGUUUUGAAUAUUGUUAUUUUUUCUUAAGGUAGUGAUAAUAUGAACCACACUCGUCAAUGGUAAGCGUUCCAAGAAAAGGGAACCUGACAUUGUUCUAGUUCUUGUAGUUUCUCCAAAAUGUACAAAUGGGAACAAACAAAAAAAUUGCUAUGAAUGCUAGGGUGGCAAUA